GUCGCUAUGGUGAAUAUUUCGAUACGUUUUCUCGUUAAAUCGAUAUUAUGAAACGUUGUCCAUUAAAUUUUGAUAAUAUCCGAUAACCGAUCACAUAUUUAACCGAUUAUGAUGCAAAGCAAUGAAAUUGAAGUACCAAUAAAUAAUGAUUUAGAAAGGAAAAUAGCCGAUGCUUUUGAAGUAUUCGAUCACUCACAAAGCAAAAUGAUCGAUGUGCGAGAAGUAUCAACCGUUAUAAGAGGUUUAGGUUGCUGCCCGUCAGAAGCAGAAGUUCAAGAAAUUAUUGUAGGUUUAGAAGAUCCUCAAUUUCCCGGCAGUGUACACUUACAAAAAUUUCUAACGUAUGUUUCUCAAUUGAUCACCGAACAUCGAUACGAACCAGCAUCUCCUGAAGACCUUUUGGAUGCUUUUCGUACUUUAGACAGCAAAGGUGUGGGUUACUUAACAAAAGAAGAAAUUUCAACAUACAUGACUCAAUUUGGCGAACCGUUUUCUCAAGAAGAGCUUGAAGAAAUGCUUGAGAUUGCGAUCGAUCCACAAACGAAAACAGUACCAUACGAGUACUAUAUUAAUCAAUUGAUGAUUGAUUAAAGAACCAUUUACGAAUUAACAAAAAUCAAUAUUAUUCAAGACAAUUACUUACAAUGUGAUCAAGUCCCUCUUGUACUGAAUGGUCUCUGGAAUACACCAAACUAGCUUUUGUAGUUUGAAUGGCAACUGGACUUCUGCUUGCUAUUUCUUCAGCUAUGCCUAGUACACCAUUAAUAAGCCUGAAAUUACAAAUUAUUAUCUUUAGAUUAAAGUUCAUGAAACGAU